AUGGUUUACAGUAUGGUCAACCUUCAAGCCGCCACGUCCACGGAAAAUCUCCAAGCUCUUGAAGAAGUCAAAGAUUUCUGUACAACAGAUCUCGGACGGGGGGGCAAGGAACGAUGGACAUAUCACAUGCUUCCAGAGGCUGCACUUGAUGUCGAGCUGCAUCGCAUGUCCAAUGCGACCUCAUCGGCAUCUGUGGACAGCGUCACUUUUCAGCCAUGUGCAGCCUACGCCGAUCUCAAUCAAGACCGGUACAGCAUUGAGGAGUGGGAGCUCCCUGGCGGAGUUUGGCAAUUCACAGCAAUCUAUGAUGGUCAUUGCGGCCAUGACACUGUAGAUUAUGUCCACAAGAGGCUUCCCUCAAUGAUCAGGAUGUCACUGCAAGCUCUUAUUCAGAGCACACCUAUCACAUCGCUGAAGCCAGAAUUUGUCUCGGAGGCACUGCGUAACGCAGUCAGGCAUCUGGACGAGUCUAUUCGUUCUGACCUUUAUGACUUCUUGCCUCACGACCACCUUACAAAAAUGAGCGACAUUCAACUCAGCCAACAUGUCUCGCGUCGUUGUUCUGAAUGGAACACUAUAUCAGCACGUUGCACUCAAGGCUCGACGGUCCUUUUGGCUUUAUCCGACCCACUAAAGAAGAACGUAUGGAUUCUCAAUCUGGGGGAUUCCACUGCUGUUCUUGGCAGCAGAUCGGUGUCUGGGAAAUGGUCCGCGGUUAUGGUCAAUUCUGUACAUAAUUGCAACAACCCCUCGGAAAGUCAGCGUAUUCAGCAAGAGCAUCCAUCAGAGCAAGCUUGUGUGUGUGACAACAGAGUGCUCGGGUAUCUGGCUCCAACACGAGCGUUAGGGGACACAUGGCUCAAGGUUCCUUCGGUUUACACUCGCCGCGCUUUUGGGCCGCACUUGCAUGACUGGUUACCGCCACGUCAGGUAGCAGCGUAUGCAAGCCGUAUUCUUACUCCUCCAUAUAUAUCCGACUUCCCUGAGGUCUAUCAUAACUCCCUCGACGUCUCUCAACAAGAAGUAUUUCUGAUUCUGUCAUCUGAUGGCCUGCAGGACAUGUAUGACAACCACGAUGUUCAGUUGUCGGACCAAGAAAUGGCAGAUCGCUGGGUGGGUUUGGUUGGACGUCACAUGCACUCCAACACGGACAUGGAUUUGAAAAGCAAUUUAGCACUCAGGCUCCUCCGGGAUGCUGUUGGCGGAAAUAACACAGAGCUUGUUUCCCGAAAUCUCACCUUGGAAAUGGAAGACAAAUGGAUGGACGAUAUUACAAUUCUAGUGCAGCGAUUCCGAUAG